CGAACUGCCAAAAACCGAACUGCGUUCCAUCGAAAUGCGAGUAUUUUAGAUGCAUAGCAACGACAGUUGAAAUGUCUUACGUAGAAUAUAAUCACCUUCUUUUUGAGAUAAGCCAACGACUCGAUCAACUGAACCAACAUGGACAUUUACUCUUUAUGUGUAGAGGGCGUGUGGCGUCUAGACCUGAAGACAUUCCCGAUGCACUUUCGCUCUUUCGAGAGCUAGAAGAACAAGAUAAUUUGGCCAUUGAUCAGGUUGAGCUAUUGACAGAACUCCUAAAAGGGGUCGGAGAAUGGUCGUUGUUUCAGAAAGUGAGAAAGUUCGAGGACAAAAGGAAAGAAUACAAAGAAUUGCUUAAACAGAUCAGCCGUGCUCUCGACGAAAGCAAUCAACUGCAGCAGCUUAUUUCUGUCUGCACCGCGAGGGAAACGUUGGAGGAAAAUGAAAGAAACACUCAAACUGCUCGAAUUUUCUUCGAAAAACUUGAACGUCGAGGACUUUUUGAGUUUGGUCGUCUUGAUUUCUUGAAAGGGAUUUUAUCGGAAACUGAGAGGCAAGAUCUAGUGAAGAAAGUUCAGGAUUUCGAGAAGCGACGAAUUGACGAAGAUGAGUUUGAAAGAAGGAAAGCCCAAGCCGGUAGCAUUGUCGCAGCAGCCAGGGUUGUUAGUGGAAGAGGUGAGUUAAAAUUGGUGUGAUUUAAUUGUUGAGCAUUAGAAAGGAAGAGUUCCAAACUCCAUAAACAAACCAAA